GUUAAUAUUUGUAAACCAAUAAUGCCCUCUUUGGUUGAAAGAGAGGAGAUGUCUGAGCCUAUGAAGGAAGCCCUUAGGCGGCAUGUUGUUCGAGAGAGAGAAAAACGAAUGCGGGAAGAAAAGGAGGCUGAGAAAGACUUUGAACGACGUGCUAAAAUAGAAGAAGAAAGGAGAAGGAAAGAAGAGGAAGAUAGCGUCACAUUGGAACAAAUAAAAGAUCAACUGUCAAGUUUGCACAAAAAACAUGAGACUUUGAAAGACGAGAAACACCAGCUUUUUUGUCAAUUGAAGAAAGUUCUUCAAGAAGAAGAAAGAAAAAAGCAAAAAAUAAAAGAACAAACCGAAAUGGUUGCAUCCAGUCAUGGCCAUUAUUCACAUUCUUUAUCCAACAUGAGCAAUUACCAAAUGAUGCAAGGAGGACAUUACCAACACCACCAGGCAAUGCCAUAUCUAUCAUUACCUGGUCGUCAAUCGUCCCCUCGUAUUCAUCCUAGUUUGAGACAUUCAAUGAAUCCGCAGACUUCCCCGGCCCCUCACCAAGGUGUCAAGAGACCACAUAGUCCCGCAUCACCCCAACCAAGCCCUAUACAAAUGUAUCAGAGAGCGAGUAUGGCUGCGUCUGGCCACCUGCCGACAGCGCCUCAGCACUCAAAAUAUGAUCACGCUUUUAGUGCUCACCCUUCAAGUCACUUUUCCUUAUCAGGCCUGACUAAUCCCCCAACAACACAACAUGGUAGCAUUCAUGGAACACCAUCACGUCAUAUAAGCGUUUUACAUGGCACUCCACCAACCGCUCGAUCAAAUGAUCAGAGGUCACCAUACAAUUCUUUAUCAUUGGAUAAACAGCUUGAAAUGGCCAGUCAAAAAUCGGGUUUCGGAGAUGAUUCUGGUUCACUAUCUUCUCCCGGUAGACGAUCUAUGAUACGAAUGCUGCCGCAAGGACCACUGAUACCCCAACAAGUCACUCAGGGUUCCAGAUCAAGAUCGGGAUCACCGGGUAGAUAUCAAGGACAUCCUGAAAAACCUCAUAGCCCAUUUCAUGUUGCAAAUCCAUUGUCUGGUUCAAGAUAUUAUUGAUAAUGCAACCAUAGACAACUAGUUAAACUGUGAUUGUUCAUGAUUUUCAAUUGUGGCAUUUUUAGCUAAUUCAUUGUACUUGUAUUUCGUCUCAUCUGUAUGAAGACUAAAAACUCCAAAAUGUCGAGGCUUCUGGUAGACUGGUCAUAUGAAUGUUAUCCAUUUUCAAUAUUUCUUUAUACAAAAAAAAAGCAAUUUCUUGCUUCUAAAUUCAUAAAGUUUCAAAUUAUAUAAUCUUGACUGUGGGUUCUCAAGAAAUUAGACAGAUUUUAAGACAAUUGAAUACAGAUGGUCAGAGUUAUUGUUUUUCUAUUAGUUUGCAAUAUUUGUUUUAUGUCAAAUUUUUCAUUUUUGUCAAGUUUCUUUAGGAUUUUAAUUCAAAAUAAAUCUGUUCAGGUAAUUUGAAGUCAAAAUGUAUUUUGCAUCAGAGUUAUAGAAUGAUAAGCUAUUCUGAUAUUUUAUAUCAUAAGUUUAGAUUUCAUUUUUCGAUUGUCUCAUAUGUCACAGUGAGUCAUCAUCAGUUUGUGAAUUAAAAUUCUUGAUCACUGUGUGUAGUAACUUUGUCACACUCUUGUGUGAUGUCACACAAUUGUAUCGUUUCUCUAAAUUUGGAGAGUUAUGUCUGACAGCCCUCAGACUUACUCUAAGGAAACUUUAUUGUCAUGGUAUAUCUGUCUGUGACAUCUUUCGUUUUGAGUUUUGUUAUUCAUUGGAAUAAUUCUACCGAAACCUGGUCUAAUCAAUCUUUCAUGAAAUAUCACAUUUGGCUAGUAUUGCAUAUCCCACAUAAAUUGUAAUAAUCAAUAUUCCAAUAUUAUCACUGGUAACUGUUGGUAAACUGCCUGCCUGAGGAAGUCUGAUUUAGUUGAAUAAAUGUUGUAAAAUGUUAUGCAGGAAUUUUGGCCAGUCAUUAUUAGAAUGUAUUCAUAAUAGCUAUUUUGGUGUUUCAUGGACUCUUUGCUAAAGUCAUGUUCUUGUCCAGUUUCAGAGCUAUUAUCGAUCUAUAUUUCAUUGAAUAACUUUCCUAAUGUGUUCCGUGUUUCUUUUUUGUCUAUAUUACUGCGAUUACUGUACUUGAUAUAUUAUACCAAUAAAAAAGCCGCUUCUUAAAG